ACAGCCGGACAUAGUUCGGUGUCGGACUCACGUCUGUUUUGUCUACGAUAAGCUAGCCCAGGUCGCAACUAAGCUUUAAAGCCGUAACGUUUUUGGGAAACUGAAGCAAAAAAAAUCAAAUAAGAUGAAACCUGCAGUGGAUGAGAUGUUUCCGGAAGGAGCGGGUCCGUAUGUGGAUCUGGACGAAGCAGGGGGCAGCAGUGGUCUGCUGAUGGACCUGGCAGCCAAUGAAAAAGCGGUUCACUCAGACUUUUUUAAUGACUUUGAGGAUCUUUUCGACGACGACGACCUGCAGUGACCUGAACACCUGUGUGAUUUGUGUAUAUAGAGAAACAGUGAAAAUGGGCUUUUUCUGACUGUACCCUCUCUUUAUCGGCCUCUCUUAUUUUGUACAGCUCCUCCUCCUACAUGUCAACCCCCCAAAAACAUUCUAAAAUAAAUCCUUUUUUGUUUUUACAGAA